GGCCCCGCCGUCCUAUUCUACCGCCCUGCCAGCAUUACCCGAAAUCACCUGCCUACCGUCCGUCCCCCCGUCCAGCUUGGCUGCACUAACCGCUGCUCUUCUGCCAUGAACCGUCUUCGAAUCUACGACACCCUGCACCGGACGGCUGUUUCAGCUCUCAUUCUCGCAACCAUUGGCGGCACGUUCCUCACAGGACGGGCAUUCAUGCAACAUCGAAUGCGCCGUUUGGAGGCACUGGAGCGCAUGGAGCAGAUCGGCAAACUUAGCGGCUCCCAAAGCAGCGAGAACAAUCUUGGGCAAGAACAGCAAAACGCACUGGACCAGGUUGUCGAAAACGAGCUUAGUCAAGUAAGCCCAAACAAGAGCAGCGCCGCAGCAGAAAGUGCAGCUCCGCAAUAACGACCACCGGUUUAACACAUGUUUCUGCACAAGCAAUCAAUGAAAGAAACGGACAACACGCCAACGUGGUACUGUUUCAAGUAAAAAGUCAUUUAGAGAUGAAAGCGUCUCCCUCCCAUAAGGCACCAUUUAGGAAAAACUUGACCAUAUGUCAAAUGAAUUCGUAGUCCUU